GCGUGGUUGCAGCUGACUGUUUCUGGCCAUAUGACCCGCGAACUGACACAGAAAGGGAGUAUUGCCUUUCGUUUUCGCAUUGCGACGUUUAUUUCAAGUUCCUGAUCAUGUCUCACUGCUAAUGUGCAACCGCCCGCGCGUCCCCCGGCCUGCGUCGUCGUUGUCGCAAUGAAGAAGUCGUUCAUCGAGCGUAUCUUCCCCCAUUCUCCCGGAGACACGCUCCCACAGUAUGAGCACGAGACAACACCGCCCUCUCAACCCCCUUCCUCUCCGCCGCGGAUACUGUUGCAGGAAUCGACGGCGUCUUCACCGGCUCCCAGCACCGUAUCCUCCCGGCGAAGUGGGCAACCAUUGACCUCAUCCCUGUUACGCUAUGACGACCCCUUCCUACCGGUUGAACGAGCAGCCCGGGCUCUGGAACAAACUCUACAAGCGUUGUUAGAUGCUCAAUCGGACGGUCUCCUUGCUGGAGUUGGCACAACAGAAACAAACGAUAUCUCCUCAGACGGCCCGACGGACAAGAACGAUGUCUCGUCCGCCGGCAGCCCGACACCCACCCCUUCAAUAGCAACAUCAUCACUACGGAGACACGACAGAACCAGAACAUUGCCCAUACGACAGCCCAAGAGCCGCAAGAUUUCGUUGCAGGGGGCACGCCGCGGUCUGACCAAAUCUAUAGUCGAGUUCGCGCAUCUGAAAGAGUGGGAGUUGUCGCUUAUUGACCAAGAAGUGGCGGCCCGACAAGUGGCAUUGAGGCAAGCUUCAGAUCUUUCAAACCAGAGGAAACUGUUAGAAGAAGGCAUAGAGAAGAUCAACAAUUCAGACGGGGCGGCUGCGGCUGGACUACGCUCCGAGGCUCAAAAGGUCGAGGAGGAAAUAUAUCAGUUGGAAGCCCGACUGGCCGAGCUGAAGGCUCGCCACAGACAACUUGUCAACAGAGCCCAGGAGAUUGAAAACUCCAGGGAUUCUGAGCUUAGCUCUUAUACUGAAUCACUACGCUUGAACGAUGAAAAGGUUAGGUCUUUCCUUCGACAGCCACCGGUGGGUCGGAGUCUGAGCAUAGCCCGCGAGCCUGGCAUGUAUGCUUUGAAACCCGACCGCAGAACGCUCCGCAUGGCUGAAGAUCAGUGGACGUCGGAGGUUGAAACGUUGAACCUUCGAAAAUCGAGUGUUGAGAAGGAAAAGCGAGCACUUGAAGAAGGCUCGAGACUAUGGAAAUCAGUGGUGCAUCGUGUCGUGGCUUUCGAGAAGGCCCUUCGAGCGCAAAUGAAGGACUUGUCACAAUCUCAGCUUGGAUCUUUCGGCGGCGGUGACGAUUCGACCACGUCCAACGGGACAUCGGCCGAGGACGCCUCUCUGCAAGUCGUCCUUUCAGAACUAUCCGCACUCAUCGCUUUUCUUGAAGAGGCUGUGGCUGAGGCCGAGACGCACGAUUGGAAACUUUUGAUUUGUUCGAUUGGGGCUGAGCUCGCCGCGUUUCAGCAAGCGCGUGAUGCGCUCCUGCAAACGAUGGGGUUGGAGGAUAGUAACUUCGAGGAAUCUGCUACUAAGGAUGUCCUAGUCGAGCAGCACGACGAUGGUGCACAAGGAGAUCUGUUGAGCGACGGUCUGGUCGAUACAAAUCGGAUGGUAUCCCACAGUCCAGCUGAGAGCAGUAACCAGAGCCUGGAAGAUACAAUGCGAGAAUUUGGCGGAGCCACUGGUCCGGACAGAAACUUGAAGAACGAAGCCGACAGUGGCCUGGGAGUCGAGUCAACAUGCCCUAAAUCGGAGGCCGCGGACGAUAAUGACCUAGUUGUCCAGUCUCGAACGGCUGGCGAUCAAAGAUCUGAGAGCGAAGAUGACGAUCCAGGUCCGGAGUUCUUGGUUUCGCAUACCUAGCAACCCGGACAACUGGAACAGACUCGUCUUAAUGUAUCAAUAGUAGUGGCUUAUGAGCGUUUCAUGCCGUUUUUUUAUCAAUCUGCAGCCCACCAAUCAUGGAAAAGAGUCCUCUAAAAUACCAAAUUGGCCGCGAUAUUGUCAAAUUUGCAGUCUGUUAUUGUCCAGCGCCCGUUGCGCUCAUCUCCAGCAGUCUCUUUCUGAUAUUG